GUCGACCUCACGGGAGAUGAUGAUGCUGAGAAGACGCCGAAGGCGAAGCCAUCUGCCAAGAAGUCCCAAAAGCCAAGCGAGCUGGAAGGUUCGCCGAAAACCACACUCACAGAGCUUGAGAAGGCCGCUGCUGCGGCCAAGGCUCACUACGAGGAGUUGAGUUUCAUCGACGAAAAGACCGGUCGCAUCGUUGCGCAGCCCAAGCAGGUGCGAAGGCCCAACCUGGAGCCCACAAUGCGAGCGAUCGACACGGAGGAUCCAAGCAAGGAUCUGGAGUUCGCUCAGCUUCCGGGGCAGGAGGAGCUGAAGAAGUUCGAGACUCCGGAAUUUGAGGAGGACGGCAGUAAGCCCUGGAAGCCACUGAUGGAAUGCCUCCAGAAGCGCAUUUACCAAUGCCGAGAGUGGGAA